CGUCCUUCUCUUCUCUUUCUUGUCAAAUUCAGACCCGCGAGGCGUAAGUCACCGUCACUCCUCCUUCAAACGGCAUCGUUACAUUCGAAGCUUCGUCUUUCUCGUCUCAAAUCUCAAUUCCCAAACACCCCCCUUCCGAUCUUCUCUCCCUCUUUCUCGAGAAAAUCUCCACGAUCAAAAUUUCUUGUUUUUCUCGAGAAUCUAGCUCCCACAAGAUUUAGUUCUCUCUCCCUCCCUCUCUCUCUAUAUAUACUUAUUAUAUAUUUUAUAUAUGGAUCGGAGACGGACGGAGAGUCCGGUGUACACUCGGCAGUGGAGUGGUGGUUCGAGCAGCACGGGCUCGUCGUCUCCUGUGAUGUCGCCGGCGCACCCCCACUCGCGAGCGACUGGACUCUCCACCAUCAAGAGGACUCAGAACGUGGCGGCGAAGGCCGCCGCGCAGCGUUUGGCGCAGGUGAUGGCGUCGCAGACGGCCGACGACGACGAGGAAGACGACGAUCUUAGGUUUCGCUUCGGUCCUCCGCCUCCUGCUUCCGCCAUCGAUAGCAUACCUGCUGUUUCGCUUGCCAGGCCCAAUAGAUCUUCUUCGCCUGCGUUAGGUCGGAACUUUAUGGACCAUAAUCCUUCAGUUCGUUCCACAUCAGCUGGAAGACCAUCAAGGUCCGUUCGUUCGACACCGUUAGUGCCACCUAGUAAAACAUCACUGAGAACUGCGGCUUCCUUGCAGCCAGUAGAACCUCCUAAUGCCAGACUAAGAGAAAGGAGGUUUACAUCAGUUGUGGGACGUAUUGACGCCAAAGAUACAGGAAUUCAGCGAGAGGCUUCUGCACUUCGUGAUGAACUUGAUAUGCUACAAGAGGAAAACGAAGCUAUCCAAGAUAAACUUCGGAAUGCACAACAAAAACGUGAAGAAGCAGAGGCCAGAGCAAAGGAGCUAGAGAAACAGGUUGCUGCUCUUGGAGAAGGCGUAUCCCUGGAAGCUAAAUUGUUGAGCAGGAAGGAAGCAGCAUUGCGUCAAAGAGAGGCUGCCCUUAAAGCUGAUAAACAAACCAAGGAUGGGAGAGACGAGGAAGUUUUUGCCCUUCGUGCAGAAAUUGAGAAAUUAAAAGAUGAGACUGGAGGUGCUGUAGAACAGCUACAGGAAGCCGAAUCUGAAGCUAAAGCUCUUCGGACGAUGACACAGAGAAUGAUUUUGACACAUGAAGAGAUGGAGGAGGUUGUUCUAAAGAGGUGUUGGCUUGCUCGCUACUGGGGCUUAGCUGUACAGCAUGGCAUCUGUGCAGAUGUAUCAGUCUCAAAGCAUGAGCAUUGGUCAUCAUUAGCGCCUCUUCCAUUUGAAGUUGUUAUUUCUGCUGGACAGAAGGCCAAGGAGUCCUGGAACAGUGGUGGUGAUGGUUCAGAUAGGAGGAAUGCUCGCGAUUUGAGUGACCUAACUGGAGAAGGGAAUAUUGAGACUAUGCUUUCUAUUGAAAUGGGUCUAAGGGAAUUAGCUUCCUUGAAGGUUGAAGAUGCUGUUGUCUUGGCAUUGGCCCAACGCCGGCGCCCGAAUCUGGUUCGACAAUCCUUCUCAGAUCCCAAAUCAGCAAGUGAUCCCAAGUUCAUUGAAGCAUUUGAGUUAAGCCAAGAGGAGUCGGAAGAUGUUCUUUUCAAGCAGGCUUGGCUAACUUAUUUCUGGAGAAGAGCCAAAGAACAUGAUGUAGAAGAAGAUAUUGCAGAAGAGCGACUUCAAUAUUGGAUUAGCCGAAGUGGGCAGACACCAACAUCGCAUGAUGCUGUAGAUGUUGAGCGGGGUUUGACAGAGCUGAGGAAACUGGGUAUAGAGCAACAACUCUGGGAAGCAUCCCGCAAGGAAAUCGAUCAGCCCUCAUUAGCAUCAAUAGCUGUAGAAACAGAGACGUCGUCUUCGUGAUGGACGUGGUCGAAACAUGUUCGUCUGCCUUUAUUUUCUAUUCUUUUUUCCCCAUACAAUUUUUUUCCAGAUUGUUUUGAUGUCCUCAUCUUUAGUCAGUGUGUUUUCUUCAAUCCAUGGGACCACAUUAUUUGUUGUAUAAGAGAAUUAGAGUCAAUUGUAUUCCAAAGGAAUCAUCAAAUAUAUUUCACCCAGACUACUGGGUUCGGUAA